CCCUCUGGCGGUUACCUCACGAGAAGGUCGGGGCCGACCAAGCCUCGGGUUUUCCGGAAACAAGCGAAACAGCGCGGAAGAUCCGGGUGCUCGCCUUGCCUUCAACAUAAACAGCAAUGGCGGAGGCAGCGGCAGCAUCGACAGCAGCCCCAGCAAUAUCGGGAAGCUGGACUAAACACGUAACCUGCAGGUAUUUCAUGCAUGGUCUUUGUAAAGAAGGGAACAACUGUCGAUACUCGCACGACCUCACCAGCAGCAAGCCAGCCAUGAUUUGCAAGUUCUUUCAGAAAGGGUACUGUGCUUUUGGGGACCGAUGCAGGUAUGAACACACCAAACCAACCAAGCAAGACGACCUGCCGGGCCCCAAGUCGUCCCUGCUGCUGCCCCCCACUGCACUCCCCGAAGCGGGCUCCAGCGACCCUGCAGAGACCCUGUCCAGCGGACCUGGUGGUUCUGGUUCUAGCUCCAGCUCUGGUUCUGGUAGUGUGGCUGCCACUGCCACUGCCACCACCACCACCACCACCACUGCUACCACCUCCACCACUCACACUCAGGACCAGACGGACGCGUCUGGGUCUGGGUCCAGCUCUGGUGCCGAGGACUGGGUCAAUGCCGCAGAGUUUGUGCCCGGCCAGCCCUACUGUGGGAGAGCAGAGCCAGCUGUUUUGGAGGGCUCGUCGUCGGUGGCGCCCCCGGUGCUGAUCGAGGAGGAGUUUGAGAAGGAGCGUGCGGACUCGUCCCUGAAGAAGACCCUGUGCCCGUACGCCGCCAUGGGCGAGUGCCGCUACGGCCUCAACUGUGCAUACCUGCACGGGGACGUGUGCGACAUGUGUGGCCUGCAGGUGCUGCACCCCACCGACAACGCCCAGAGCUCCAUGCACAUCAAGGCCUGCAUCGAGGCGCACGAGAAGGACAUGGAGCUGUCGUUCGCCAUCCAGCGCAGCAAGGACAUGAUGUGCGGCGUGUGCAUGGAAGUGGUGUUUGAGAAGUCCAACCCCAGCGAGCGGCGCUUUGGCAUCCUGUCCAACUGCAGCCACUGCUACUGCCUCAAGUGCAUCCGCAAGUGGCGCAGCGCCAAGCAGUUCGAGAGCAAGAUCAUCAAGUCCUGCCCAGAAUGUCGAAUCACGUCCAACUUCGUCAUCCCGAGCGAGUACUGGGUGGAGGACAAGGAGGAGAAACAGAAGCUCAUUCAGAUGUACAAGGACGGCAUGGGGACUAAAGCGUGUCGGUACUUUGACGAGGGUCGUGGCACGUGUCCGUUUGGGGCGAACUGCUUCUACAAGCACGCGUUCCCCGACGGCCGGCUGGAGGAGGCUCAGCCCCAGCAGCGGCGCCAGAACAACUCCAACGGACGCAACCGGAGCUCUCGGCGAACGCCGCUGUGGGACCUGUUUGAGGAGCGGGAGAGCAGCGACUCGUUUGACAACGAGGACGAGGAGCUGGUGACGUUCGAGCUGAGCGAGAUGCUCCUGAUGCUCCUGGCGGCCGGCACGGACGACGAGGGCACCGACUCGGAGGACGAGUGGGACUUGUUUCACGAGGAGCUGGACGAUUACUACGAGCUCUACCUAUAGCCCCCCCGCCCCCAAAAGCCCAACACCCAACAUCCCAGCGGUGGGCAACCUGGAUUCAUUAGUUACAUCCAAUCCAGUUCCACAUAUUUCCAAAUGACCUGGUUUUACCUGUCGUAUUCCACCACGUGAUUGUCCAAUUUAUCAAUCUCAUUGUUGAAUGGGACAGGUAAAAUUGGGUUAUUUGGAAUAUGUGGCACUGGAUUAUGAAGUAAUGAAUCUGGUUUGCCCAUCACUCCCCAACACCACCCCCAAACAUCCAUCCACCCACCAUUCUCCAAACCGUACCCCAUCCUCCCCCAUGCCCUCCCCUCCUCUCAUGCCACCACCAUCACUAUAAUUAUUGCUUUCAUCCUUCUCACCCUGAACUUUGUAGACCUUUAGAGUGGACUGUCUCGUGAGUGUGUCAGACAGUAGCUUCUUUUUCCCUUGUGUAUGGCAGUGCCUUCACGGCAGGCCAUUAGUACGUGGUGAUGAUGAUGAUAAUGAUGAUGAUGAAUUCAAAUCUUCAGGAGUGAUAUGGAACUACAAUAACACGGUGGAGGAAUAUGGGGGAAGAACACAAACAAAAACAUGAAACAUUAACAAGACACAAAGACAAAUAGACUGAAUACUGAAUACAGGUCGGUGCACUUGUGCUAAAAAAAACAUUUUCUGAGAAAACAAGCUCUCCAUUCUGUGAGUCUCUCCUUGUCCCGUUUAUGUGGAAAUGAAAUACAAAAGCAACAACAGAAAAACUUCAUAAAAAAACAAACAAAAAAAACAAAACAAAAACAAAAAACAAAAGUGAUCCUUUUGAACAACUUUCACUAAUAAACCUUGAGUGGGUUUGUUUGUAAUAUCAUCAA